CGUGGUUCGGGCCUGCGGCUCCUCGCUGCUCCCGGUGCAGAACCUUGGGCGGCCGGCUUUCCGCUUGCACGUCCGUGGAGGUGCUGUGUCCUGAGCGCCCGGGUUCCCUCGCUGCCGCCAGCUUCAGUAUUGUUUGCGGGGCUUUUCUGAAGGCCAGGAAGGUUCUGAGGCGCUGCUGGCGCCGUCCUUCGCCCUCCCGACCCGCAGGCCGAUUCCCGUGGUAGCAUCCGGUAGGGAAAUGGUCGUGCUUUCGGUGCCUGCCGAAGUCACUGCGAUCCUUCUAGAUAUCGAAGGUACCACAACCCCGAUUGCUUUCGUAAAGGACAUUUUAUUUCCUUACAUCAAAGAAAAUGUGAAAGAAUAUCUACAAACACACUGGGAAGAGGAGGAGUGCCAGCAGGAUGUCAGUCUGUUAAGGAAACAGGCUGAAGAAGACACCCAUCUGGAAGGGGCAGUUCCAAUCCCUGCAGCAUCUGGGAAUGGGGUGGAUGAUCUACAACAGAUAAUCCAGGCUGUGGUAGAUAAUGUAUUCUGGCAGAUGUCUCUGGACCGAAAGACCACCGCUCUCAAACAGCUGCAGGGCCACAUGUGGAGGGCAGCAUUCACAGCAGGACACAUAAAAGCAGAGCUUUUUGCAGAUGUGGUUCCAGCAGUCAGGAAGUGGAGAGAGGCUGGGAUGAAGGUAUACAUCUAUUCUUCAGGAAGUGUAGAGGCUCAGAAAUUGUUAUUUGGACAUUCUACAGAAGGGGAUGUUCUUGAGCUUGUUGAUGGUCACUUUGAUACCAAGAUUGGACACAAGGUGGAGAGUGAAAGUUACCGAAAGAUUGCAAACAGCAUUGGAUGCUCCACUAACAACAUCUUGUUUCUGACAGAUGUUACUUUAGAGGCCAGUGCUGCCGAGGAGGCCGAUGUACAUGUAGCUGUGGUGGUGAGACCUGGCAACCCGGGAUUAACGGAUGAUGAGAAAACGUACUAUAGCCUCAUCACUUCCUUCAGUGACCUGUACCUGCCCUCUUCCACAUAGAGACAGGUUCUCUAAGAAGUCAAAAGUGUUCACAUGACUGUCCCCUCAAUGUCUAGUUUUAUUCUAAUGUAAAAGUAAUUUAUAUAUGCACACACCUGAACAAGUGUACAUAUGGGUGUGUGCCAGUUUCCACGGGCACAUAAGUGAAAAAGAGAAGUCUUCAGUUCAGUGAAAACAAAGUUUAAUUACAUGUAGAAAUUGUUUGAGCCCAUAACCCUUCAGUCUUGUGGAAGCUGAAGGGUGGCUGAUAGAAGAAAUUGCUAAAAGGGUGUGAUGUGAUCACGUUGUGUUUGCGGACUGAUUCUGCAGCCUUGUUCCUGUGAAAACUAGAAGGGCUUUAGAAAAGUUCCUAGUAGUAAUUCACCGCCCUGCUCGUGUUUAAAGGUGAUAGCAACUGCAUUUCAUGUUUGCCUGCUUGUAUACAAAGACAAAGGGAUUUGUUUGUGCUCUGAAAGAGCACAGUUGGGAACCAAAAGUCAGUUGAGCCUUGAUCUGUCAAGUGUCUGUUCCUUCAGAGGAAACUUGCUGAUCAUGCGGCCCUACUCUCAGGCACCAGCAUUUGUACUGGAAAAGGGGCAUUGCUGCAGCAGCCCAAGUAAAAUGUUUAACCAAGCAGUUCUAAUCCUGUCCAGUUACCAUCACAGAUUUGAUAGCUGCCUUUCUCACUAGGUCUUAGCAGUUUGAGAAUAUAUGUUAAUUACUAUUUUUGGAAUAAAGGUUUAUUGGAGUCCAUCUGAAACACCAAGAAGAGCCCUAAUAUGUAAUAUUUUUCUCUGAAAUGGAUGUGAAAAAUGUAAAUUUUAUAACAACAUUAUUUAUCCCAGUUGGAUUCUAAUAGUUUAUGUGUCAUUUUCAUGUUGUGAUUAAUAAAAAGUGUUUUCUUCUUUCAGUUUUA